AAAGCCGGGUUUCCCUAUGGGGAAACAAAAAAUCAAUCAAUUAUUCAAAGUAGAAGAUACAAAGAAAAUUAGGGCAUGGAACUUGUAUGAGGGGUUUCAUCAAGGGAAAACUGAACAAAUCCCCGUUCACAUUUAUUGAGGAAAGUGUAUUGUUUCAAUUUUCUAGACAAAUUUGUCUACUCGCCAUGUUAUACCCAGAAUACUGGAUACGUUCCUAGAGCCCAAGCCUAGGAGGUCCUGGGAACGAGAAUAAACCACAGGCAACCUAACAUCAAUACCAAAACGCAGUGGAGAGCCAAAAAUGGCUGCUGCGUUGAUUCUACUGCUGCGCCACAAAAUUUUGCUUCUUGUCGCUGCAGCUGUAUUUUCAGUGUUAGGAGAUGCUGAAGGCACCCAAUCAAAUAUUGUGUUGGUGUUAACCGACGACCAAGACCAAGUUCUUGGAUCAAUGGCUCCUUUGGUAAAGACCAGGAAACUCAUUCAAGAACAAGGUGUUUCUUUCGACAACAUGUUUGUGGCAAGUCCUCUCUGCUGCCCCAGCCGUGCUAGCAUACUAACAGGCAUGUAUGUCCACAACCACAAGACUUUGAAUAACUCUGUUAAUGGCAACUGUGCGAGCAAGAAUUGGCAGCAAGGCCCUGAGAAACAAACAUUUAACACUUACCUUAAAGAGCUUGGUUACAAGACUUACUAUGCAGGGAAAUACCUCAACAAAUAUGGAAUGUCAGCGACAGGGGGGACGCAAUAUGUACCUCCUGGCUGGGACUCUUGGCUUGGGCUUGUUGGCAAUUCUAAAUACUACAACUAUACUGUGUCUGUUAAUGGAAAAGCAGAGAAACAUGGCGGUGAUUAUAAAGAAGAUUACUUCACAGAUGUCAUAACAAGGUCGGCAGUAAGUUUUCUUGAGGAGCAAUCAUCCAGCAAGCAGCCCUUUUUCAUUAUGCUUGCCACCCCUGCUUGCCAUGGCCCCUUCACUCCAGCACCUCAGUACAACAAUUCAUUCAACAAAACCACGGCACCAAGAACACAAAGCUACAACAAGCCAGGAGGAAAGUCAAAGCACUGGCUUUUACGUAGCACCCCAAGUCCAAUGUCUGCAUCAUCAGUUGCAUACUCAGAUGAUGUCUUCAGAAACAGGUGGCGAACACUUCUUUCAGUAGAUGACCUUGUUGAACAAGUGGUUGUGACACUGGACAAGCAUAAGCAUCUGUCCAACACAUAUAUCAUCUUUACUUCAGAUAACGGAUACCACCACGGUCAAUUUUCCCUUCCAAUAGACAAGAGACAGUUGUAUGAGUUUGACAUCAGAGUGCCACUACUUGUCAGAGGACCAGGAAUUCCUUCAAACAAGUCACUCACGAACCCCGUUGUGAGUAUCGACCUUGCACCGACAGUGAUUGAGCUCGCAGGAGGUAAAGCCCCCAGUUCUAUGGACGGCCGAUCGCUUCUUCCUUUACUGAACGCCAAAGGAGCGGUCGAGUGGCGUAGUGAUUUUCUCGUGGAGCAUCUAGGCGAAGGUCACGGCAGUAUUGAUGGCUGCCCCGCCCUGGAUCCAGGCAUGGCGGACUGUACGCCAAACUGCGUCUGCGAGGACAGCUGGAAUAACACCUACUCGUGCGUGCGCACGCUGACAACAUCACGUGAUUUCAUGUUCUGUGAGUUUCGCGACUCCGAGGCUUUUGUAGAGUUUUAUGAUCUGAACAAAGACCCCGCCCAACUCAACAAUAUGGUUGAAACCGCAGACCACAAGGAAUUGCUGGCCCAGCAAAAGAGACUCGAGACUCUUACUUUCUGCUCUGGUGAUUCGUGCAGAAAGUAGUGAUCACUAAAUACUGUCCGGAGAAAGUAGUAUUCCUGCAUCCCCACCCCACCCCCUGUACAUAAGCCCCCACCUCCUGCUAGAUAGAUAGUCUCUUAUUAGCCGCUCAUACAGGGUUUUGAAUCGUCAUAAAGCUAACAAAAUUUGAAAAGGGAAGAAAGAUGUUUAUUAGUAUCUGUCACUAUACAUUCCUACUUUUAAAGCAAGCGUGAAUGAGUUUGGCCACCACUUUUUUUGUAUUUGCCAAGGGAGGUCUAUAAACUGCUUGAAUAUUAAAUUAUUUAUAUUAAUAUCAUCCGCUAUAAAGUCAAAGAAUUAUUACUAGGCGUUUCUAGCCUUGAUAAAAUGAGCACUAGCCACACGCGAGGGACGCUUUUGGGAAACAUUUCAACCGGGUUGUAUUUUGUUUAUUUUUUUUUUCCUUACUGACAGCCAUGUGUAUAUAAGGCUUAGUUCAAACGUCGUAUUAUCCAUAUGAGCCGUAUUCAAUGCAAAUGCUUGCAAAUGAAUCGAGUCGAUUGUUUCAUCUUCAUUUGCAUGCAUUGGCAUUGAAUACGGCUCAUGGAUAAUACGACGUUUGAACUUAGCCUUAUUAUAUAUACACAUGGUUCUCAGUAAGAAAAAUAAUUAAACAAAAUAAAGCCUUCCCUGCUAGAUGGUAAAGUUAUACACGGUUGUGGUUGCCUUUCAUGACUUCGAGCUCUAGAGAUAGCCUGGGAACGCGGCAAAAAGAACAGCGUAUUAUUAAAUCGUUAUUAUUAUAAUUAUUAUUAUUAUCGGAAGCAUUCCUUAUACAAUAAAUUGAUUUUCUGACUUA